AUGGCUUCCCUGGUGGCUUACGAUGAUUCGGACUCGGAUGCUGAGCCUGAGCCUCUGGAAGGUCUCAGUGCUGCCGGCCAGGUGAAGGACGCUUGUGGAGCGGUGACCGAGGGGACCCCAGAACCCAUAAAGCACAGACUUGGGGCUCCAGGCAGCCUCUGGGAAGGCGUGGCCACCCACCGCCUCCCCCUCCUUCCCCUUGGGAGGAGUGACCAGAGGGCUUGUCCCAGCCAGAGGCUGCAGUGGCCCCGGAAGGAGCCUGCGGUCACCUGCCCACCCAGGGAGCCUCCUUGCCCUGCGUUAUGGACCAGCCACACUCCUACUGGCCAUGUGCCUCUGGCAGCUGCCUGCUUCAAGGAACCAAAACGCAGCUGGGAAGCCUGCUACCGCCCAGAGCCUGCCUUCUGCACGCAAGGCAAGUCUGAGGUCACAGAGAGAAAUGGCAGCUCCUCGCUGAAGAGAAGGCAGGACUGUGUCAUACCCUACACCCCGAAGAGACUGCGGGUGUCAGCGGCCAAGGGCACAGACACAGGUGCCGGCUCGGGGGUGGAACCCCAGGACCCCUCCCUGGGCUGUGCCCUAGGCCCAGCCCAGAGCCGCCUGGCCCCCAGAGUGUCCGAGAGCAUUCGGCCACACUUGGACAGUCCGUACCAGGAGACCAAGGUCCCCAGGAAUGUGCGCUUCCACCUGCAGGGCCAUGGCGGCCCCGUCAACUGUGUCCAGUGGUGUCCCGUCCUCGCCCACAGCCACCUGCUUCUCUCAGCAUCGAUGGACAAGACCCUCAAGGUGUGGGACGCUGUGGACUUGGGGCGCUGCCUACGGACUUACACCCUGCAUACAGAGGCCGUGCGGGCUGCCCGCUGGUCCCCCUGUGGCCAGAGAAUCCUCAGUGGCGGCUUCGACUUCACACUGCACUUAACAGACCUCGAAACAGGGACCCCAGUAUUCCGUGGCCAAAGUGACUUUAGAAUCACUACCUUGAAAUUUCAUCCAAAAGAUCACAAUCUUUGUGUCUGUGGAGGCUUCAGCUCCGAAAUCAAAGCUUGGGACUUCAGAAUUGGCAAGGUGGUCAGAGGCUACAAGGCGGCCGUCCAGCAGACCCUGGACAUCCUCUUCCUCCAGGAAGGUUCGGAGUUUCUGAGUAGCACCGAUGCAUCAAGCCGGGACUCUGCUGACCGUACCAUCAUCGCCUGGGAUUUCCGCACCUCUGCUAAGAUCUCCAACCAGAUUUUCCACGAGAGGUACACCUGCCCCAGCCUCACCUUGCACCCCCGGGAGCCUGUGUUCCUGGCACAGACCAAUGGCAACUACCUGGCCCUCUUCUCUGCCGUGUGGCCCUACCGGAUGUGCAGAAGGCGUCGCUAUGAAGGACACAAGGUGGAAGGCUACUCGGUUGGCUGUGAGUGCUCCCCCGACGGGGACCUGCUGAUGACGGGCAGCGCGGACGGCCGGAUCCUCCUGUACGGCUUCCGCACGGCCAGCUGGGCACGCACGCUGCAGGGCCACACGCAGGCCUGCGUCGGCGUCACCUUCCACCCGGUGCUGCCGUCUGUGCUCGCCAGCUGCUCCUGGGAUGGGGACGUGAAGGUGUGGCACUGA